AUGGAACGCGCGACAAAGGGCCUAGCAAUCUACAUCCCCUCAAAAACCUACCGCCCCGGCGACACCAUAACUGGCCACGCCUACCGCCAAGUCCCCGUCCUCGUCGGCGAAAACAACGUCACCGUAACGAUCUCCCUCAUCGGCUGCUCUCACACAACCGUCACAGAAUGGAGCGAUCACACAGGUGAAAGCCAAUGGACCUUCUCAUCCAUCACUCGCUUUCUCGACCCCAAAGACACGAGCCUCACAUUGCACACGGGUCCGCUCCAUGUUCCCCGGAAGGUCGCCGGGCUGGCUCCCGAUCCGGUCCAGUCUCAGGACCCGAUGACAAUCGACGGCAUAAGCUGGCCGUUUGAGAUUACUGUGCCUUUGCGAACCGCUUCUAAGCAGGUUCACAUGAGUGAGUGCCGCGGCGGAGAUGUGUUGGACGAGGUGCCGCGGAAGGUGAAGGAAUGUGUUUCUAGGGGGGAGGUGGGUGAGGUGAAGGCGGGGAGUGAGUUGCCAGGUAGUUACUUUGGGGGGAAGAAUGAAUUUUCGCCGUUUAGUUUUGUAGAGGGGAGUGUUCAUUACUUUUUGGAGGCAAGGCUUGUUUCUGAGGGUGCGAAUAAUAGGCCGCUUGCUAGUGCGCCGAUUACGAUUGUUAAUGGAGAGGCGGCGAGGUAG